UGACUCCAUGGGAGAGAAUUGGUCGCACUGUAUUUUACGGUCUUUCCCUUGCAUUUCAUUAUCUUCCAUUGCUUUCAAAUUCCUCUCUCUCUCUCUCUCUCAUUGCCAAAAUCUUCAGGCUCACACGGCUCUCCAUCUCUCUCAGAGAAGGAACAACGACAGCAUCAACACCCAAAACAUUUCCCAUAGAAAAUAUCGCAACGCCCAUUUGAAUUCAUCCCAAUACAUAGAAAUCACAAGGAGAGAAAAUUUCAUCAGAAAACGAUAGAAGAAAAAAAAGGGAGAAGGAGAGGGAAAAGGUGUUUUCUUUCUUAUAUGUAAUGCAUCAGAAGAAAUCCGAAGUUCAGAUCGGAACAGAAAGCAGCGGCGUCUCUUCCGAUUUCAACCCUACCCCUCCUCUCCUUUUCCCUCCUCCUUCCUCUCUCCACCACAAAUUAUCUUACAAUUCCCACCUUUCCCCUUACCCAGAACAGUCUUUUCAUCCCUACUCUUCUUCUCUUCCUCUUCAAUCCCCCUCCCACGAGCAUCUACUACAGAAUGCCCCUGUUGCCCCUCCUUCUCCUUCUUCUUCAACCCCUUACAAGCGGACCCUUUUGACCCAAACCCAUUCCUCCCUCUCCAAAUCCCCUACCAUUUACCAAUUCCACUCGCACCCGCCGCAAUUCAAUCCCCAAAACGCUUCGUUUUUCUCCGUCUCGCUUGCCGUCAAGACCUUUUUGUAUCGGACUCUUCGCAAAGUGAAGCACUUUCGACGACUGCGGGUGCAUCUGCGGCUGAUCCUCUUGCUCUCCCUCCCGUUCUUCUACUUCUUGGUCUCCCAUCCAAGCCAUACCUUCAUCCUCGACUUCCUCUCCGCCUUCGCCUUCUCCGCGGCCCUCUUGUUCUCGCUCAACCUCGCGCUCCCUCGCCUCCCCUCCAUACGCCUAUUCCUCGCGCGGUCAUUCCCGAUCAAGCUCUCCCACUGCUCUCCCAUCUCCCGGCCGCCUCUGCCGGUGUUUUGGACGAUUGGGUCACGGCCCAAACCCGAGAAGAGACCGAAUUCUGGGUGUUGGGUCCAGGUCUAUCGCAACGGGGACGUGUACGAGGGCGAGUUCCACAAGGGAAAGUGCUCGGGGAAUGGGGUGUAUUACUAUUACAUGAGUGGGAGGUACGAGGGCGAUUGGGUGGAUGGCAAGUAUGACGGCUAUGGUGUCGAGACGUGGGCCAGGGGGAGCCGGUACCGUGGGCAGUAUCGGCUGGGGCUUCGGAAUGGCUUUGGGGUGUAUCGGUUUUAUACCGGUGAUGUUUAUGCCGGAGAAUGGGCUAAUGGACAAAGUCAUGGGUGUGGAGUGCAUACCUGCGAGGAUGGGAGCCGGUAUGUCGGGGAGUUCAAAUGGGGCGUCAAGCACGGCCUUGGGCACUACCAUUUCAGAAAUGGGGACACAUACGCUGGAGAAUAUUUUGCUGACAAGAUGCAUGGGUUUGGGGUCUAUUCUUUCGCAAAUGGACAUCGAUACGAGGGAGCCUGGCAUGAGGGUAGAAGGCAAGGGCUUGGAAUGUACACAUUCAGAAAUGGUGAAACACAAUCUGGUCACUGGCAAAAUGGAGUUCUUGACAUUCCAAGUACACAGAACACCACCUCUCCUGUAUCUCCUGUCGCUGUAUAUCAUUCCAAAGUGCUUAAUGCAGUGCAGGAAGCUCGGGGAGCGGCAGAGAAAGCCUAUGAUGUGGCAAAGGUGGAUGAAAGGGUCAACAGGGCAGUAGCAUCUGCCAAUAGAGCAGCCAAUGCAGCUAGAGUAGCAGCUGUUAAGGCCGUCCAAAAACAAAUGCACCAUAAUGGCAACGACAACAUUCCAAUUCCAAUCGUGUGAGACUCCUAACUGCAGCUUGGGCUCUUUUAAUGUGUCUGACUGCCGCAUAACAAUGGCGCAUCGUGUUUUAUCUUGUCAUCUUCUCUUUGGCUCCUUCCUUUGAGAGGACCCAGUUGGGGGUGCCUCUUGGAAUCAGUGAGCAGCAGUGAGGAAGAUAUCUGAAGAGGGGUGGGAUGGUCAUAAACACUGCUUAAAGAUUGUAGAGAGAGAGAGGAAGGUUGACGAUGAUGGUAUCCAUCUCAUAUGUUCAACCAAUUUUUUGCUUUUUUAUCUCAGUACAUUUUUGUAAAGAUGAGGUAGAUGUAAUAUAAAGGCUGGUGCCGAGGUAAAACCUCAUCCCAGCUGCUGUUGUAUCCGGAGUUCAUUGGUUUUGUAAUGGAGUUGAAGAAUCAAUCUAGUGCUCUCCAUUUUCCA